UUGGUUGGUAAACCGAAUUCAGGAAAGAGCUCAAUAAUUAAGCAACUGACAAACGCUAAACCGAGAGUAGCAAACUUCCCAUUUAGUACGAAAUUUCCAAUACACGGGGUGAUCCAUACAGACUCCCUGUAUAAUGAACACGAGCAGGAGGAUGAAGACGGAGAUUUUAGUGAGAAUGACAAUGAAGACGCCAAUUACAAUAAAAAUGAGGAGGAAGAUGAUAUGGCCAGUGUAAACGAUGCCGAUGUGAACGGUGGGAUGGAAAGCACGAAGACUGAUGGAGACAACAGUUUUGUUAAGAAUUUGAUGAUUGUGGAUAUUCCAGGAUUGAUUUCAGGCUCAAGUUCAGGUCGCGGCCUAGGUCAUGACUUCCUAAGGCACAUUGAGCGGUGUAAAAUAAUAUCAUACGUAGUAGAUUCAAACGUACAGGAUCCGCUUUCCGAUUACCUGGACGUUAAGAAAGAAAUUGGCACGUAUGACCCAAGCCUGUUGAAAAAGCCGGAAAUAAUACUGCUGAACAAAAUUGAUCUAAUAGACAACAAGAGAAUAUUUGAGCUGAUGAACUCGUUUAUUAGGGAAUGUGACCACGAUAGAAUAUACUUCCUAUCAGCCAAAACGAGGGAAAAUGUUGACUUUAUUAGUCUGUUGUUCAAUCAAAUAUACUCGGAAUUUAUAUUAAAUAAUGAUUGGAACACCAGCAAUGAUCAAGAGGAUGAGGAGUGUAACAUAGAUAAAUUGGACGAAUUCAGGAAUUUAAGCAGGAGGUUUAAGAUUGAACAUGAAGACGGGAUAUUUACAAUAAAAUCGCCGUAUUUGGAAAGGAAGGUGAAAAUGAUGCGAUUUGACCUGCCAGAAACAUUGGACAGGUUCAGACACAUCUUGAAGGUGAAUAAGAUCAGAAGGAAGCUUGUGAAGCUUGGUUUGAAGCCAGGAGAUGUUUUAAAGAUAGGAGAUGUAUCAUUCACUGUACAGACGGAUGAAUUUUUUAUUUAA